CGGCUACCAUGGCGGCGUGCGCUCAAGCGGCGACCGCAGCCCUGAGUACUGAGCAGGCUAAGGCCGUGUUGGCGGAAGUGAUCAAGGCCUUUGGGUCGCCCGAGAAUGCGCAGCGCAUGGAUGAGGCUCGGGAUAACGCCUGCAACGAUAUGGGCAAGAUGCUGCAGUUCUUGCUGCCCGUGGCCACCCAGAUCCAGCAGGAUGUGAUCAAAGCCUAUGGCUUCAGCAACGACGGCGAGGGGGUGCUGAAGUUCGCCCGGCUGAUCAAAUCCUAUGAGUCGCAGGACCCGGAGAUUGCCAGCAUGUCGGGCAAGCUGAAGGCCCUGUUCCUGCCGCCCAUGACACUGCCCUCGCACGGGCCCGGCACAGGUGGAGUAGCCACCUCCUGAGCCCGUGGUGCUCGCCUGCCCCACCAGAUCAUGCAGUUCUGGCUGCUGCUGUUCUGCCAAGGUGUGGGCCUCGUCAGCCCCGGGAACUGGAGCCCUUCAGCAAGGGACUCGAACGCGAUGCUUUCCGCCUGCCUGUGUGUCUGCUUGUGAAUAAAGAACAUCUUGAAAGUG